GGCGGAGGGACGGGGCAAGAUGGCGGCGCCCGUCCUGCUGCGGGUGUCGGUGCCGCGCUGGGAGCGGGUGGCGCGGUCCGCCGUGUGCGCCGCCGGCAUCCUGCUCUCCCUGUACGCCUGCCACCUGGAGCGCGAAAAGGGCCGCGACAGCCACUACCAGGCCCUGUGCGACCUCAGCGAGCGGGUGCGCUGCUCCGCCGCCAUCACCUCCAGAUGGGGUCGAGGAUUCGGUCUCUUGGGUUCCAUCUUUGGAAAGGACAGUGCAAUAAAUCAGUCAAACAGUGUUUUUGGCCUCGUGUUUUAUAUACUACAAAUGCUACUUGGUAUGACAGCAAGUGCAGUAGCAGCUCUAAUCCUCAUGACAUCCUCCAUAGUGUCUGUAGUAGGGUCACUGUACUUGGCAUACAUUCUGUACUUCGUGCUGAAGGAAUUUUGCAUUGUCUGCGUGCUCACAUAUUUGCUGAACUUCAUUCUCUUUAUCAUCAACUACAAACGACUAGUUUAUUUGAACGAGGCCUGGAAGAGGCAACUCCAACCCAAACAGGAAUAACCCCUGUUGGAACUUUUGACUGACAGUCUGAAGACCCAACUUCCAUUAAGUUUAUUUUGCAGUAAUUUUUUUAUUCUCCAUAUCAGACACUUCCAUCUCCCCCCCACCCCCCCCUGAGAAUCAUAACGGAAAUUUUGAAUUAUAAAUUUCAAGGGGCCCCCAGAUAAUUUCUCUGUGCUAAUCUUCAGUUUAAAUGUGGUUAUGAAAGAAAGCUCUAUAACAAUCAAAGACAAGCUUUAACUUUACUUUGAAGGAGUUUUAGCCACAGCAAAACCUAGACUCUCUCUCUCUCUCUCUUCCCCUUCCACUUGUGAAGUGGGUAACACUUGCUAUAAAAUAUCCUGUAUAUAAAUUCAGGUAUAACAAGAUGUGAUCAUGAAAUGAAAUACUCUAGACUAGCAUCACCAUAUUUAAUGUUGCCAUGUUUACAGUAUGUGUAUUUUUUUUUUUUCUUUUUUUCUUUUUUUUCUUUUUUCUUUUUUUUUAGCUGAUGGACUUAGAUUUGACUAGGACUUAUGCUGUAAAUAAAAUUAGAACUCUUGGUUUCAUCCCUGGAGAACUCACUGUCCCAUGGGUUUGGUUAGGAGCUGUCAGAGGGUUCAGCUCGGAGUCGACUGACACGAGGGAAGAAGUGACCUCUAAAGAACAUGGAGUUGCUGCUCUCACUGUUGUGCUUUCACAAGAAUGAUGCUUGGGGUUGGUUCCAUUUUUUCUUGGUUUUUUUUUCCUUUUUUUUUUUUUUUUUUGUCUCCAGUAACAAAAAUGGAAUUAAAGCUGAAACCUGAAGUAUGUUGAUUAAACGACAACCUCAUUAAUUUCUGUACAGAACGAAAAUAGCUUCAUGUGGUCAAUGAAAAGCUGAUUUGCAGGUUGGGGGUUGGUGUAUUAAGUGUUCUUUGAAAGGACUCCAUUUCCAUGCAGAGCUGUUUCAUUUUAAGCUGUGGUCAGCCAGCCAGUGUUACUAAUGUUUGAUGUUCUAUGAAUGCUGCAGUAAUUGCAAUUUGCAGUGGAAACCACUGAGUGAGCAGGAUAACCAAGCAGUGCACUGAAAAAGCAGUUCCUUAAUUGAUCUUGGUCAGGAUCUUUGGUUUGUGCUAUAUUGGGAAAUGAACUUUAGGCCUGACACACACACAUAAGAUCUCUUGGAAGGGCAACCUGUUUAAUGGGAUAAGUAAGUCAAUGUGCUCCUGAAAAUGAAAUGUGAUAUAGUGCUAUCAUUGCUCUUUCUAAGAACUAAUUGGGGGGGGAAAAAAAUUAAAUUGCAGAUUUAAACAAAAGGAACAAAAUUGUACAUGUUGUUUCUGCACUCAGUAUUCUAAGGCUGAAUGUUAAAAGUGCCUUCUGUCUUCAAAUCUUAAACCAAAUACUUUGUGUUGAACUUGGCAGGCAGAAGUGUCCUUGCUUUAAAAAUGAACAAACAAAAUUCCCAGCAAACUUGCUGGGGAUAGAAGAGUAUUAAGAGAUCUGGUUUUAGUUUUUAGACUGAGGAGUGGUAGCAGUAUUGUUUUCAGUUUAAUUUAAAAGGUCGAUGUGAUUUGGAAAAUGAAAUACUUGUGUUUCAGACUGUGUGACACUGAGAUGUGUGGGUUCAGCUACUUUCUGUAAUUGGUGCUGUGCUGCUUCUUGCCCUUGUCAGUUCGAAAUAUGAAGAAUUCCAACUGCAUACCCAUUUAUUUAAAGAACUAAUUUAACUACUUUUAGCAUUUUCUUUCUCAAACAUGAAUGUCAGAGAGACACUUCCAUUGUAAGUGGAUUUUAAACACUAAGGAGAAACUCGACUGUGAAACGAGCAGUGUUUCCGUUGAGCAAAGCGAGUUUUGAGAUUGAAUUCACAAAAACAAUAUUUCAAUUACUACUGAAGCAAUUCUCUGGUUUGUACCAAGGAUGUAGGUGGAAACUGCUUUUCUGUAUAGAGUUCUGUGGUAUGAGUAACAUCUGUUGCAUGUAACACUAAAUGAUUUGUCCCUCGUCUGACAGUUUUAGCCAACAAUUCAUUAAAUGAGUUUUGUAUUGACGAGAGUAUAGUUAAAGCUUGUCUUGCUGUUUAGUUCUGUCUCUCAAAUGCCUUCUGCUUUGAUAUCAAGGGGAAUGAAUGAUGUUGAAUUGGUCCCUCAAGGCUUGGCUUUGUUCUCUCCCAAGCCUUGAGGCAGUAUCAGUGUUUAAUGUGUUGUAUAGAUUUUAUUUUGAUGCAUUCCUGUGAUCUACACUAAAGGCAUCUUUUUUUUCAUCUGAGGAAGAGGUGAACAUGUGCUGCCUGAAAGUUGCUCCUAUCUCAGAGCAAGCAGCCAUGGAGACAAGUCUAAUCCGUGAGUACUUGGUCCAAUUUUUGGGAAAAAAAGAGGAAAAAAAGCCCCAUCAGCUGAAAGUAUUGGUGUUGACUUAACUUCACUGUGUCUUGUGCUUGUUUGUGUGGGCAUAGUCUGUUCAUUCAGUUUUAGUAAAAAUGUUUAGGGCCAGAUUUUCAGCAGUGGUGUCUGCAGUCCUUGUUUGUGUGCACGUAGGGAUCAAAUGGAGCUGGAGCUCGGGCUCUGGGAGAAUUUGCAGCUACACUUGUGCACGAACUUGCAAAUCGGAUCCUUAAUUGCAAACUCUCUUGUCUCGUGUGCUUUCCUUGCAGUUACUUUUUACUGGAAGUGAUUUGCUAGAAAUGGCCCUGAUUUCUUCUAUUUCUCUCUUGUGCUUCAGAAAUGCAGUUGGCCUGAAUAAAGGGCAGAAUAAUCUUAGCAGGAGAAAUUUGGACCUUUCUGCUUCCAGUUCUUUGGACUCUUUCCUUGUUGCUCCCAGUGAUAGAAACAGCAUCUUUCUUCCAGUAAAAUGGGUUGUGAUGUAAAUCAGGAGUGCAGCUGUGCCCCCCUGCCUACCCCAGCCAAAACGUGGUGGCAAAUGUGUGCUUGAUCCUGGUUUCACCCUUACAAAUCCAAAGGCAAAUCCUAAAAAUUCUCAAGGAUGCAGGAGUUUGGGUAAAGGCAGGUAAAUGGUACUUGGGCUGGCAGUGGACAGGGGGGUGUUACAGAGAUCCUCCUUGUGGUUUCAACACUCACUAGAAUGGAGGGGAUAAAAUUCACAGUAUCCAAACAGUGGUUCUGAAUGUGGGCUCUUCCUGCCCCUCUUUGGCUCUCUCAGAAUCCCAGAAUUCCUUUGGGAUCACAGAAUAUUCUGAGUUGGAAGUUCAUGGCGAGGGGCAGACUGGAAAGGCAAAAAAACCCUCAUCCCAAAACCUGCUUAGGAAUUAAACAUUCCUGAAAUCCUCUUACUGUAAGGUACUUGCUACUCUUUAAGGCCAACAAAGCAUUUGAGUCUCAUGGAGGAAAUGAAUAUUCUUGGAAGUUUCUUCCUGUAAAACAUUAGUGACACUGAGCCCAAUGAAACAUUCCUGACCACCUUUGAGAUCUGAAGUGAUAACAAAUCUCUGGUGAGGAGGUUUCUGAAUGCUGUAGUUUGCAUUUAUCUGCUGCUGUACAGAGUCUCUCAGUUGUUCCAGGAGGUUGGUGAGGUGCUUCAGGCAGCACUCUGCUCCUAAUUUAUGUGGGCUAAAGUCAGAGAUUGGCUGGCUUUGGUUCUGCCAAUGUUGUUUAAACUGGUCUAGAAAAGAUGAAGUAUUCUGUUACCAUACAACUGUAUUAAGCAUGGCCUAAGUAUUAGGUGUUUGUUCUGUAUAGUAUGUUCCAUCAACUAUUUAUUCCCAGUGCUUUAAACUCCAAACACCCAUUUAAAAUGCAGUCAUUGGGCAGAUGCUCCUUUUCUCAAUACAGGCUGAGAGAUUCUCUAUUGGAGGUUUAGGAUACAAUUUUGCUAACAGGUAAAAAAAACAUGUAAAUAUGUACGAAUUCUAUUUGUUGCACAUAACUUUUUUGGUAUAAAAAACAAAACAAAACAACAAAAAUAAAUGUAGGAAUUACCUGUGGA